AUGGGCGGGCUAUUCCUCCUCCUUGUCCUGAGUGUGGUGAUGGCACUCGCCUCCUUCCUCGCCGGCGCACUCCCACUCUCGAUGGCACUAAGCCAGUCACAACUACGCCUGAUAUCAAGCAUAGGAGUCGGGAUACUUGUUGGGACCUCCCUCAUAGUCAUAAUACCGGAGGGCGUCGAGGCUGUCGCGUCCACCACCAAACCCGCCGCUGCGCCGCACGGCACCCGGUCGACGAUUCUCAGCCAACGACAUGUGCUCGAGCUCGCGAUACCACGAGACAUACCUGCUCUAGAUGUGAGGGAGGCCGCACCGCUCGAGCUCGCGCCGCUGCUGCGCAGGGCCAUGGAACAGCGGGACGAUGCGCCUCCCCCAGAAGGCGAACCGGCCGCACCCCCGCCGAAAGAAGACGCGCCCCCAGAGCACGAGGAGUUCCCUACGUUCUACAUCGGCCUCUCCCUGAUGCUGGGCUUCAUCCUCAUGUUCCUCAUCGACAGGAUACCGCAGCACGCGACGGACGGGAUGAGCUCGGCGCCGGCGACGAGGCACAUCAGCCUGGACAACCUGGGCUCGGCGAGCGUCAACGGCGACGCCGAGGACGAGACGGAGGGGUUCCUGGGGUCGUUCGUGCCGACGCCCCGGCAGUCCAAGAGCCUGGCGACCACGACGGGCCUGGUGAUACACGCGGCGGCGGACGGGAUUGCGAUGGGGGCGUCGGCGACGACGAGCGACAUGAAGCUGGGCCUCAUCAUCUUCAUCGCCAUCAUGAUCCACAAGGCGCCCGCGGCGUUCGGCCUCACGUCCAUCCUGCUCAAGCAGGGGCUGUCGAAGCGGGCCGCCCGGGGCCACCUCGUCGCCUUCAGCCUGGCGGCGCCUGUCGGCGCCCUGGGCACAUAUAUCCUGGUGUCGCUGCUCGGCGGCGGCAACAUGGACGGCCCGGCCGGGCAGUGGUGGACGGGCAUGCUACUUUUAUUUUCUGCCGGCACUUUCUUGUAUGUCGCUAUGCACGCGAUGCAAGAAGAUCCCUCGGCUCAAGUGCACGAUCACCACUCAGCGAUGAACGGUUAUGCGGACAGCAGCACGCAGAGGAAGCCGAGCCGGCCACAGAUGCGGGACACAUUGGCGACCGUCGGCGGGAUGCUAUUGCCCCUACUGACCCAGUUCGGCCACCACCAUUGA